CUUUAAAUCAUUUUAUACAUAAAAAAGUACGGAAACAUACUCGAAUAUGGCUCCUAAAAUAUCUCUUAUCAUAUCACCUUCUUUAUUUAUUCCAGAACCAAUUACACUUCCUUAUGAAUAUUGUUCACUUACAUUAGAAACACCUAAAUCUUUAGACGAAGUAUUUGAUUGUAUAUCUGAUAUUAAAACUUCAUCUUUAAAACAUUAUGAUGAUUUAAAUAAUAAAAUUUUAUUAUGGUCAGAACGUCUUAAACAAUGGGAAACAACUGCAGAAGCAAGAUAUUUAUACGAAGUUAGAAAAAUAGCACCUGGUUAUUUAGAUACAAAUGAACGUUUAUUACAACCUACUUUAACGAAACCACCAUCUACAUCAUAAAAUAUUUUAAUUUUAUUAUAUUAAAAACUAAAUUAUAC